CCAAGUGAACAAGGUGGGGCCGUGUCUUUGGAAACGGCUGGGAAGCCUAGAAACAGCGAAGGCCCCUCUAGAGGACCAGCCGAGAUGGGCAAGUACACGAUCCGGGUGGUCACUGGAGACUCGCUCCUGGCGGGCUCCAGCAACCUGGUGCAAUUAUGGCUGGUGGGCGAGCACGGGGAAGCGGACCUCGGGAAACAGCUGCGACCCCUGCGGAAAGGGAACACGGAGUUGGAGAUCGACGUCCCCGUGCAUCUAGGGCGCCUCCUGCUGGUAAAGAUGCACAAACACAAAGGCCUAUUGGAUUCUGACUGGUUCUGCAAGUGGGUCACUGUGCAGGGCCCUGGGACCCAAGGAGAGGUCUAUUUCCCCUGCUACAGUUGGGUGCAGAGCAACGAGACUAUCUGCCUAUCCGAGGGCACUGCCCUGAAGGUAAACGACGACACUCAGAGCCUGUUUAGGAAGUAUCGAGAGCAGGAGAUGGAGGACCGAAGGAAGGUGUACCAGUGGGGCUCCUGGAAGGAGGGCUUAAUCCUGCCCAUAGCAGGGAGUACACAGUGGGACCUCCCCAGGAACCAGAGAUUCAUGGAGGACAAGGAUUUAGAUUUUUCCCUCUCUCUGGCCAAAGUGUUGAAGGAUUUUGCCAUUAAGGGGACUCUAGAUUUCGUAAGUCGUGUACGAAACCUGGAAGAUUACAAAAGAAUAUUCCCAUGUGGAAAGACUGCUCUGGCCGGGCGGGUCCGUGACUCCUGGACAGAGGAUGCUCUCUUUGGGUACCAGUUCCUCAAUGGUGCAAACCCGAUGCUCCUGAGGCGUUCUAAGAGCCUUCCAGGCCGGCUGGUCCUGCCUCCGGAGAUGAAAGACUUACAGAGCCAGCUGGAGAAGGAGCUCCAGGCUGGAUCUCUGUUUGAAGCUGACUUCUCCCUGCUGGAUGGAGUUAAGCCCAACAUCAUCAUUUUUAAGCAGCAGUAUGUGACAGCCCCUUUGGUCAUGCUGAAGCUAGAGCCCGAUGGAAGCCUCUUACCCAUGCUCAUUCAGCUCCAGCCUCCCCGACACGGAUGCUCCCCACCUCUGCUCUUCCUGCCCUCAGAUCCUCCCAUGGCCUGGCUCCUGGCCAAGAUCUGGGUUCGAAGCUCUGACUUCCAGCUGCACCAGUUACAGUCCCAUCUGCUAAGGGGGCAUCUAAUGGCCGAGGUUAUCUCUGUGGCCACAAUGAGGAGCUUACCCAGCCUGCAUCCCAUAUACAAGCUCCUUGUCCCCCACUUCCGCUACACCAUGGAGAUCAACAUCCUGGCACGGAACAAUCUUGUCUCUGAAUGGGGAAUUUUUGAUCUGGUGGUGAGUACAGGGAGUGGAGGCCAUGUGGACAUUCUCCAGAGAGCCACGGCUUGUUUGACUUACCGUUCCUUUUGCCCUCCGGAUGACUUGGCUGACCGUGGGCUCUUGGAUGUGAAAUCUUCUCUGUAUGCCCAGGAUGCCCUCAGGCUAUGGGAAAUCAUCAGCCGGUAUGUGGAAAGGAUGGUUGAGCUUUUCUACAAGAGUGACAGAGAUGUGAAGGACGAUCCAGAGCUGCAAGUGUGGUGCCGAGAGAUCACUGAGAUCGGACUGCAGGGCGGCCAGGAGCGGGGGUUCCCCCUGUCCCUAGAGUCGCGGGCUCAGCUGUGCCGUUUCGUUACCAUGUGCAUUUUCACGUGCACUGCUCAGCAUGCUUCCAACCAUCUGGGUCAGCUGGACUGGUAUGCCUGGAUCCCAAAUGGCCCAUGCACCAUGCGGAAGCCCCCACCGACCUCCAAGGACGUGACAGAGAAGGACAUAAUAGAUGCACUGCCUACUCUCCAGCAGGCACGGAUGCAGAUGACGUUCACCAAGUUCCUUGGCAGACGCCAGCCUGCCCCUGUCAUGGUGGCCCUGGGGCAACAUAAAGAGGAAUAUUUCUCAGGCCCUGAGCCCCGGGCUGUGCUGAAGCAAUUCCAGGAGGAGCUGGCUGUCAUGGACAAGGAGAUUGAAGUCCGGAAUGCAGGCCUGGACCUGCCCUAUGAGUACCUUCGGCCCAGCGUAGUGGAAAACAGUGUGACUAUCUGAGAGGCCCUGUCCAUCUCAGCCCCAGAGGAGGCCACUGUCUCUGUGUAUCUUCAUAGUCUUGUCCUCCUUGGCCACAUCCUUUAGUGAACAGACAAACUGCCCAUCACAGAGUCCUGGGGAAUAGACAGCGAUCAUUCCCAUUGCAUUUCAGAAUCUGGAACUUGCCACAGUUGCUCUAGUGCUAUGUCAAUCCUGCUAUGCGCUUCCUUAGCCUCAAACCCGUUACCCACUUCUCUUCCCCAAAGGA